AUGUUGAGCACACUUGUACGUUCUUCCAGACCUCUUCUCCAACAUAGCUUACCACGUGCAAGCUAUCUCCACUCUUGUGCUAUCAUCCGUAAUGCUGCAUCAGAAUCCACCACAUCCGCAUCUACAUCAUCCAGCACAGCCACCACACAAAAAAAACCCUCUUCAGCACCAAAGGGUACCGUCUUGAAAGGCAUUCAAUACUUAAAAGACAAGCAAGAUCCAGUUGCAUUGGACGACAGUGAAUAUCCAGAAUGGUUGUGGGAUUUACUAGAUGAAAAGAAACAAAAGCAAAAGACAACCAAACCUGUCAACCGUCAAUAUCAUAGAAAGCAAAGCAGAGAAUCUAUCAAGGCCAUGAACUUUAUGAAGGACAAGAAGAAUUAA